CAAAAAGCAGAAACUACAACAUGGGCGAUGUGGACAAGUGGAUCGAGAUCGUGAAGGAGUGCAAGUAUUUGCCGGAGAACGAGCUGAAGAAGCUCUGCGAGAUGGUGUGCGACAUCCUGCUGGAGGAGACGAACAUCCUGCCCGUGAGCACGCCCGUCACCGUUUGCGGGGAUAUCCAUGGUCAGUUCUACGACCUGGAGCAACUAUUCCGCACGGGCGGCCAGGUGCCGGACACCAACUACAUAUUCAUGGGCGACUUUGUGGACAGGGGCUACUAUUCGCUGGAGACCUUCACCAGGUUGCUCACCUUAAAGGCGCGAUAUCCUAGUAGAAUCACCCUGCUGCGGGGCAACCACGAAACGCGGCAGAUCACCAAGGUGUACGGGUUCUUCGACGAAUGCUUCAGCAAGUAUGGGAAUGCCAAUGGCUGGAAAUACUGCUGCAAGGUCUUCGAUCUGCUCACCAUCGCCGCCAUCAUCGACGAGGAGGUGCUGUGCGUGCACGGCGGCCUGAGUCCCGAGAUCAUCACCCUGGAUCAGAUCAGAACCAUCGAGCGGAACGGGGAGAUUCCCUACAAGGGCGCCUUCUGCGAUCUGGUUUGGUCCGAUCCCGAGGACAUGGAGUACUGGGGCCAGAGUCCCCGUGGCGCCGGCUGGCUGUUCGGCCACAAUGUCACCAAGGACUUCAUGGCCAUCAAUAACCUGGAUUUGAUCUGCCGCGCCCAUCAGCUGGUCAACGAGGGCAUCAAGUACAUGUUCGAGGGCAAGCUGGUGACGGUCUGGUCGGCGCCCAACUAUUGCUAUCGCUGCGGCAACGUGGCCGCCAUCCUGAGCUUCGAGACGGCGCAGCAGCGGCAGACGAAGAUCUUCCUGGCGGUCCCGGAUGCGGAGAGGGUGAUACCCAAGCAGAACACAACGCCGUACUUCCUGUAAAACGAUAGGAUAUCAUAUAUAUACUAUAUAGCGAUAUACCAAUACCGAUCCAAUACGAUCCGCCCACUGAUUCGGCAUCGUCUACUUGUUUAGUUUCUUUGACUGGUCUGAUAAAUCAGAUCCAACCUUCAACUCAAAACACAAAAAAAAACACACCUGUAAUCUGUAAACUGCUAUCUGAAAUCAACCCCAUAUCUAUUUAGUAAGUUCAAAGUGGAAACUUUUGUUAUUUGUUUUCGGCAAAUGUGUAGAAAUGUAUAGAUUCGAUUCGUUUAAGAAGUUUAUACACACGUAAUUUAAAAUAUAACCAAGUAUUGUAUUUACCGAUUACCGGCUGCCUUUAUAUAAAUCCAAAAUAAUAUUUUGUAUUCCAAACAAAAAACUUACUAUAUAUUUAUUUGCCUAAACACACGAACUAUAUAUUUUUUGUACAUUUUGUAUUAGCAAACGCUUCGAAGAAAUCAAGUGGCACAGCAGGAAAAUAACUAAGAAUUAACCAAAUGUGUGAUCCCGAUCAAAACGAUAUGAUUAAAACGAAAAAGACAAUGCGAA